AUGGAUCCUGGAAUACAAAUGCAUCAUGUCGAAUCUGGCGGAGAUCCGCUGGCACAAUGGAAUAUAUCUGUCAACGCUAUCGAUGUCCUUAUUCGCAAGCUUGUCCAAGAAAACGCUGAACUUAAGGCGAAGAUUGAAGACCAGGAGUUCCAGAACUAUACUUUGACGACCGCAUUGAGUACGACUCGUUCGUCGUUCCGAGAAAAGGAGAGCCUGGCCAAGUCUUUGGAGGUGAAACUAGAAGAGAUUCAGCGUGAAGUCACAAUUUCAAAUGCUAGAAGCCAAGCUGAGCGAAAUCUGGUCAUGACACUGAUUGACGGUGAUGGAUACAUCUUUGACCGUGAACUUCUGACCAGAGGUGAAGAUGGAGGAAGGGAUGCAGCGAAAAUUUUGAGCAAUGGAGUGAUGAAGCAUCUGUCCAAAGAAGCAAAUAGGCCAGCUUCGCCUGAUCUAUGGACCAUGAUAUUCUUAUCCAAGGACAAGCUCGAAGCGGUUCUUUCACGCUCGAGUACUUGCACCGCAGAGCAAUUCCGUUUAUUUAUCAAAGGGUUCUCUCAAGCACAAUCUCUCUUCUCCUUUGUUGAAGUUGGUCCCUCCAAGGAAGCUGCGGAUCACAAGAUCAAAGAGCAUUUGAGCAAGUUUAUUGGAAAUCCGAAGAUAUUCAGGGUGAUCCUAGGAGUGGAUCAUGAUAAUGGAUACAGCUCUGCGAUAUCUUCAGCUAUGACCAACGACCCUGAUCAGAGGCUCGUGCUCUUGCAAGCUCACCCAGACAUUGCUAGGGACAUCGCCGCGCUAAACCUCCCAAUGUUCUCAAUAGAUACGCUCUUCAAAGUGGAUAAGCUUACGACCCAGGCACCUUCGCCUCCUACUUCGGUGCCGACUCAGGUGGCCAUUGUAGCAGGGUCUUAUGCUGCGGUAGCUGGUCCCCCUAAGAGUCCUCCAGCUAGUGUGGCAGUCACAAUCAAGAAGAUUACGUAUAGUCCCGAGAAGAACACGAUUGGUUGGACUAAAGGAGCAAUAAAACGUGAGUGA